UAAUCACGCAUCAGGGAGGCCCCAUCUUCCUAGUUACGAGUGGUUCCCUUUGCAUGUAUUCUGCCGGAAGUAAUCCGUGGACUGUAAAUAUCCUACACAUCCUAAAGCAAGAGGGAUAAUGAAGCUCACCAAAACCAUGACUUGACCUGAUUUGGACUGAAGCCCGAACGUCCCCAAUUAUUCUCUUAUAGGACUUCGCAUUAGGCAGACUAUUGCCAAUGAAGUGCUUCAGAAUGCACACUGCCUCAAUCAGAAUCACAAGGGACGGUUUUACAGUCGUACCCAGGAUCCACUAUCCUUUGAGAAGAGGGGUAUAAGAAGGCAGCUUCUUCCCAGGAAUCAUUCUUCGCCCUUAAACCUUUUUUCCCAUUAGAAUAUUCUACCCCCGAUGUCUUCCCUAAGCAUGACACCAGCCAAACAGCUUCCAGUUCCCGACAGCCAACCAAACAUUGAGUCUGGAUGGCCCUCAGCUCCGGAUUUUUCGAAUGACUCAAAUUUCUGGGACCUUGAAUCUUUUUUUGUGCCCAAAUCGAGCUUCGAGGACCUGGGCCCAGAAAUUCAGUCCGCAGGAGGAAUGCAAGAAUGCCUUCAAGCAUGGAGUUCUGUUUUUGAUAGUGAUGAUACUGUCUCGAUUACUACACUUGGUUCCACUCCGGCGAAACCUUUGGAUAUUUCGGCCCCAAAAGACCAGGAAAAUCAUACAAACGCCGGUGUAGAAUCUUCGAUAGCUACAGUGCCGACCCUAGAGGUAUGAUCUUCUAACAAACAUUGAUCCUUGAUACUAACUGUAUUUCAGGAGUGUAUUCAUUCGCCUGCUACCCUCUCGACAACAAAAACUCAAUCCAAACCCACCCUACAGCAGACGGUGAUUGAUCUUACUAGAGCAGACAGCGAUCACGUGUAUGCUACACCUCCUGAUACGCCGAAAUCUGGGCUCUUAUCCUCUUUAAGCAUAGGUAAGUGUCUGUUUAUAUCUCAUCUUAGCUAGACUAACAUCUGAUAACAGAUUCUGAUUCACCAAUCAGCUCCGAGAAGAACUCACGCCCUGCAUCUAAUGGGACCUCCAACACCAAGAAGAGGAAGUGCUCUACAGGUUUUGACAACUCAAGCAAACGUCGGCAACCUCCGCGAAAGACCACGGUAAAACAGCACCUAGCCAAUGAAAUACAUCACAGCAGUCAGUGGUUAGCAGGGAUGGAAAAGAGCAUUGAUGACUGUGAAGCAGACUUGGUUUCCAUCGAGGAAAAGAAGGCGAGGUUUCUCGCAGAGAUUGAAGAAAAGAGGAAGGAGGUUACACGGCGGAAAAAGGAGUUCAUCGAGUUAAAGAAUAGCAUGGUAGCUUGGGGUGCCCGCGAAAGAGAGGUCUCAGAAGAAUGGAAAUCGCGUUAG